CAUACAAUCGAAGAAAGAUGAGCAACAAAGAAGGAAGUUCAAGUCAUGCAGUUUCCCAGCAAGAAAUUCAUGUAGAGGAACGCGAACCAAUACUGCCAAGAACCGUAAAAAUUCUUCUUGAUUUUGUCGAUAGAAGGCAGGAUAAAGAUAAAUUUUCAUCAAUAUUUGAGGUUCCUAGAAGGCUCAGAGAAGUCAACCCAAGCUCGUUCACCCCUCGGGUGGUCUCUAUUGGACCUCUGCACAAGGGACGUGAAAAUUUGAAAUUAAUGGAGGACAAGAAAGCGAGCUUUUUGCACGAGUUUUUGACUGGGGUACCAGGUUCCCGGGAGGAAACAUUAAAGAAGUGUGAUGAACAGGUGAGGGGUUCAGUAGACAAAAUCAGGAGAUGUUAUUUUGGGAUGAAGCCAUAUAGUGAAGAUGAACUUGUUCAAAUGAUGGUUAUGGAUGCUUGUUUCAUACUUCAAUUCAUUGAUAACCUUUCUAAAUCGGGUGAUCAACAUUCAGAGAACAGGUUGCGGAGCAGGUCUGUUGCUCUUGACUUGGUGUUGCUAGAAAACCAGAUCCCUUUUUUUGUUCUCCGGGACAUCUAUGAGCUCACAUUUAAAACUUUGGAAUCAAAACCCAGUCUUAAUACCAUGCUUCUUAAUUUACUAGAACGUGUCAAUCCGUUUUUUGAAAAGUUAAAAGUUGAAGAUCUUUCUGGCGAAGAAGAUCCUUAUCACAUUCUUGGUUUUCUACACGACUUUUACCAAAUUAAAAAUUCUAAACCGCCAGGCAUAGAAGAGCUUCCAAGAGCUCACUCUGCUGUAGAACUGCAUGAAGUUGGGGUGAGGUUUAGGCCCAAUGAAAAUGAAACCCCCAAUGAAAACAGGACUUGGAUUAUGGCUAUGGCAUUUGAACAAUCUUCCCAUAAGCCUACUCUCAGAAUGCCAAAAGUGCUUAUUGAUAAUUUCUUUGAAGUUGCGUUAAGGAACCUCAUUGCAUACGAGCAGUAUUCUACUCCGGUUAGGAACUAUGUUACAUCAUAUGCCAUGGCCAUGGAUAUGUUAGCUGCUACUCCAGCAGACAUUGCCAGGUUGGGAAAAUCAGGUGUCAUCGUCAACCACUUAGGCUCAAACGAAAAGGCUUCAAAUAUGAUAAGCAGCAUAUGCAAAGAUGUCACCUUCCUAGAUUUCUAUUACAUUGAAUCUUGGAAUGAAGCAAAAAAGUACUAUGAUAGUUACUGGUCCAAAAAUAUUGGCGUGUUGAAGCGAAAAUAUUUUAGUACUCCAUGGAAGGCGAUUGCUCUACUUGCUGGAAUCAUACUGUUUCUUAUUGCCGUGGUUCAGUUUGUCUUUAGAGUGAUAAAAUUCACAUCAUUGCGUUGAGCCAGAAUCAACCAUUCUCUACCAUUUAUUUGAAGCUUCAUCUGUUGUUCACAAUUUUACAUUCUUUUUGUGUGUUUCAUUUAUUAGUUUCAAUGUUAUGAUGUACUGCUUCUAUUUUAGUGAUUUACUAAAACAAGCCAGCCCUUAAUUUUUAAUA